GUCACAAUAAAAAGGAGAGGGUGGAUACGUUCACCUCAUCAUUCACUCACAGAGCUUCAAGCCUGCAUUACAUCACAUAGAGAAUGAGGGUUUUGCUUACUGUCGCUGCUUUUGUGGCUGUGGCCGGUGCAGCCAGAAUGUCUUUGGAGGAUCUGGAGUUCCACGGUUGGAAACAGAAGUUUGGUAAAAGUUAUGAUUCAGUGGAAGAAGAGUCUCGCCGUAAGAUGAUCUGGCUGGACAAUCGUAAACUGGUUCUGGAGCACAACAUGCUGGCUGACCAGGGCAUCAAAAGCUACAGACUCGGCAUGAACCACUUUGCAGAUAUGGAUAAUGAGGAGUACCAACAAAUGUUCAAGGGCUGCCUGGGAUCCUUCAAUGAGUCCGAGAUCGAGAGUGCAACUACAUUUCUCCAACCGGUAGAGGGUGCUGCUCUGCCUAGUGCUGUGGACUGGAGGACUGCAGGCUAUGUGACUGAGGUUAAGGACCAAAGUCAUUGUGGCUCCUGCUGGGCUUUCAGUGCGACGGGGGCGCUUGAGGGUCAGAUGUUCAAGAAGACAAACAAGCUGGUAAGCUUGAGUGAGCAACAGCUGGUGGACUGUUCUGGGAGUUCUGGAAACCAUGGCUGUAAUGGUGGCCGUGUAUCAAAGGCCUUUGAUUACAUCAAGAAAAGUGGAGGCCUGGAGGCAGCGAACACCUAUCCAUACCAGGCCAUGGAAGGGCCAUGCAGGUUUAAUAACCAGAAAAUUUGGGCUAAGUGUUCCGACUAUAACAAGGUGCAGCACACAGAAGACGCUCUGCAGUACGCUGUGGCCACAGUUGGGCCUAUUUCUGUAUCUGUGGAUGUUUCCAAAGACAGCUUCCAGCUCUAUGUGUCAGGUGUGUAUGAUGAGCCAAACUGCAGCAGCACUAAGCUGGGUCACGCCAUGCUGGCUGUUGGUUACGGCACUGAUAAGCAGGGAAGGGACUACUGGCUGGUCAAGAACAGCUGGGGUGUUAAAUGGGGUGAAAAAGGCUACAUCAAGAUGUCCAGGAACAAGGGUAACCAGUGUGGUAUCGCCACAAGGCCCUCCUUCCCUGUGGUUUAAAGACUGGAGAGAGCCAGAACCUGAAAACCCCACAGAGGAGGAUCCACUUUGCUCAGAAUGCAUUUACUGAUUAAGCAAACAAAAACGUCUUUCUUCCGUCUUUCCCUUUUCUCUGUUUAAAAGUGGCUUUAAACCACGAUGCUUUCUUAAAAAUACUAAUUAAUCUCUGUGAAACCCAGCUCUUUCUGACUGCUGAAAAUAUAAUAAACACUUGGCAUUCACAAAAUA